GUCCGACUAUGGGUAAUAAUCAACCCGGCGGAUACAACAAGCGUGAUCGCCCUGGUGAAGGCUUUCCAGGUGGUGUAAGCACCCCUGGACGGCACCGCACAUUCAGCGGAAAUCCACAGAGCAUUUCGAAUCCUGAGGAUGGAUGUCCCGUGCAGGUGAAAAUUGCCAAAAGCGAUGACGAUAUGGAAGGUGGUGUAGCGCCAAAUGUGCAGUUCAAAGAAACUAACGAGUAUCCUGUGGUCUUCAAAUGGCAUUGCUCCGCUACCAGUCAACCUCGAUCCGUGUAUAUAUGUGGCUCGUGGGAUGGAUGGCGUCAAAAAAUCCCACUGGUGAAGUCCUCAAGCGAUUUUAGCACUAUUCUUGAGCUCACGCCUGGGCACCACGAGUACAAAUUUAUGGUUGACAACAAAUGGGUAGUAGACGACAAUCAGCCAAAAACGAACAACAAUUUGGGAGGUGAAAACAACGUGAUGUCGAUUGACGAGGAUGACUUUGAGGUUUUCGAUGCACUGGACAAAGAUUUGGCUUCAUCCAAUGCUGGAGAAGCAAUGCGCGGCGCUCCUAACCACCAGCCUUCUCAUGAUACUCCGAAUGAUAGAGAACUGGAGAAGUUGCGCGCCUUCACACAAGACAUCCCUGACAGGAAUGAGUUCGCCAAAGCUCACAAUCCACCCGCUCUCCCACCUCACCUUCUCCAAGUCAUACUCAACAAGGACACUCCUGUCCAAUGUGAUCCCAAUGUGCUGCCUGAACCCAAUCACGUGAUGCUUAAUCAUCUUUAUGCUUUGUCAAUCAAGGACGGAGUAAUGGUGCUGUCUGCGACCCAUCGAUACCGUAAGAAGUAUGAGGGAGUGGGCUGUUCGUAUGUGGAGCCCCACUCUGUGCGCCCUCUACGGAUGUCCCAGCAGACCACAAUUAUUCGAUCGAGCACCAAAAAACGCAAAGCUGAGGGGAAUUUCGAGCUGUUGACUUUACAAUUGGAGGUUCGAGAACUUGCCAGCACAAGCAAUAUUACAUUACGGAUUUUACCUGUCGAGUCAUUGAACAUUGCUAUCUUGGUUGACUAUACGCUCACUAUAGACCGUGAGAAAAUAAAGAUCAACAGAGACUUAUGGGAACCAGGCAAAGUUGUAUUGGAAAAGCAGACAAAUUGUAGCGGGUCGAUUGUCCUUUCUGCCUGUACUAUCCAAUUACUAUCGCCAGUAGACUUAAAUCGUCCGACGGCCUAUAGGAAUUUCGAAGUGCGAUGCCCUCCAUACAAUUUUCACGUCGAUCUGCGUCUCUUGGCGGAGCUUGGUGGUCCAUUAUUUAAAGGCUGGAAAGUGGAACAGGAGGCAGGAGUUGAUUUUGUCGAAGUCACUGACAUUCCACCUGAGGACGUUAAGAUUCUGUUGCACGCUACUGCUCGCUUUGGAUCAGUCAUCAUUCAUAAAGAUAACUAUCAAGUCAUGAGCAUUUUGGCUUCACAAUAUCGCAUGCUCACCGUACUUCGUGAAGUGGAGUCUUAUUUGAUAGCAGCGAACUUACCGCUGAUACGCAAACUAGAAUAUGCCGCUGAACUGCGAAUGGCGAGGUUAUACGAUAUGACGAUGAGGGAGAUAGGAUUGAAUACCGUGGAAGAGCUGCAUCGAUAUUUGCGAGACAACGGUGAUCGCUUACAAGAUGUUCAUUGGAUGCUACGAUCAGCUCUGGGGCUCAACAACGACUACGUUUGCAUUCCGUAGUGUUUUAUGCGUAUACAAAAUAAACGGGUACUUCAGAUGGGCAAUUUUAUUCGCUAUGUUAACAUACAGUUGGAAUUGCGACC